GAAGAAGAAGCAGAAGCAGAAGAAGAAGAAGAAGACUUCCUGCGGUUUGUUUUGUGUCCCGGCAGCUUCAGUUAGCUUCACUUAGCUUCAGUUAAACAUGUCAGCCACAGAGGACGACACCGAGCUGCGGGACCUGCUGAUCCAGAACCUGGAGAACAGCGGAGUCCUCAACAAGCUCAAGGCGGAGAUGAGGGCGGCGGUGUUCCUGGCGAUGGACGAGCAGGACAAACUGGAGAACAAAACUCCUCUGAUCAACGAGAACCUGAAGAAGAGUCUCCUCAGCAGAGACGGCCGCCUGGUGGCCAGCCUGAUCCUGGACUUCCUGCAGGUCUUUAACCUAGACUUCACCCUGGCCGUGUUCCAGCCGGAGAUCAACUCGCUGAACGGUCUGGACAGCCGGGACCUGAUCUGCAGGGACCUGGACCUGUCAGAGUCUGAGGUGAACAAGAACUGUCCUCUGCUGCUGGAGCUCGUCAAGAGGGGACGACGCAGACCGGCCGAGGAACCGUCUCCGAAGCAGAUCGCGCUCGCUCGGAAGAAGUUUGACUUCUACGACAAGGGCGGGAGCGGCUCAGUCGCAAAGGAAGACCUGAAGAGCGUUUUCACAGAUCUGUGCCCCAGUUUGAACAAGAACAUGUUGGAGAGGUUCCUCACCGAUGAGCUCAGAGCUGCAGACAAAACCUUCUCUAAAACGAUCGACUUCCAGGUGUUUCUGGGACUCUACAAGCGUCUCUUCGCUCAGUGCACGAGUGUGGUGGUGCAGGACUCUGAUGUGGGUCAGCCUCAGAGCCACCUUCCUGAGGACAGAACCAGCUCUCCACCUGCCAGUAAGGACUCGGACGGCGUGACGUCUCUGGGUAAAGGAGGCCUCCAGCAGCCGGGCUCCAAACACAGCGAGGCGUCUGACAGCCGGACCUCCUCCUCCGGCCCGAACAGAGAGCGCCUGGACCGGGACCGGGACCAGGACCUGGACCUGGAGGUGGAGGACGAUCCAGACGACGGGGAUUCGUUCUUCGACGACCCGCUGCCCAAACCACAGAAGACCUACGGCUGUCCUCUGACCGGAGAGAAGGACUCAUCAGAGAGGACGGACGGUCAGAAAGACUUGUCUGUCCUGGCUGCUGACUCAGAGGGCGAUCGAGAGGAUCCUCUCUCUGAGCUCAGGAAGGUGGAGGUGUCUGGGGCCAGAGGGGCUCCAGCAGGGUCCCUGUCAGAGGCUCCGAGACCCGGAGGAGGAGGGAGCAGCAUGUCAGAGCAGAGCCACAGCAGGAACGCAGCGUCCGGCUCCAGAGAAAGGGGGUCCAGAGACUCGAGGGCCCUGAAUGAUAAAACUGGAUCUCUGCAUUUCGAUGACGACGUUGAAUAUGACGACGACUUCAACAGCCAUCGGUCAGAUCUCUCCAAGAGCGAGCUCAGCAUCGGGGAGGAGAUCGAGGAGGUUUCCAUCGAGGGACCCGACAACAGCGACAAGUUCGACGACACCACUCAGGACCUGAGUGUCUCCCAGCUCAGCCAGAAUCAUGGCGCCGACUACAUGGAGGAGGUGGCCUGACCGUCCCAUCACCCAGUUCCCAUGAUGCACCUCUUUGUAUCGUCCAUAUUUAAAUCUGUACAGUUUCAGCCAAUAAAUGUGUUUGUUUUGA